UGUGUUGAAACCGUUUUCAAGCAUCUAUGCUCCCUUAAGUUCUAUUUCAGAAAUCCCAAGAGACGCCUGCUCGACUGAAUUCUGAGAUAUCCGAUGUUUUCACUCGCCUUCUACCUUGCUCCAGCUCGAACAACCAAUUUUGCACUAUAUUGAAUAUGGCUGACCAGAUGGUAACACUAAUGUGUCAUUGGGAGGGGAGGAUAACAACCGGAUCACAGGGCCCAGAUUAUGAAGGUGGUAGACUAAAGGGUAUUAGAGUCAACAAUAGAACUACUCAUUUGGAGUUGUUAGGUAAGAUGUAUGAGAUAACUGGCUAUGGCCAGAGGCAAUUUCUUAUUAAGAUGAUUUGCAGGUUUCCAGUGUCCAGAGGAUACAUAGCCUAUGAGAUAGAUGACAAUGACUCUACUGAGAUUAUGCUUGAAUUGGGUCGAAAACAGACUUUUGUUGGGGUGGAGUUGUACUUGGAAAAAUACCCUUUACACAUCGACAAUGAAAGGAAUAAUCCCCUGUCCACUAGUAUUCCCUCAAAGGAUACUAAAAAGUACAGUCUAUCAUCACUUGGCAAUGCUGAUAACUGGGGAUCUCCAUUACUCGGUGGUUUAAGGGCUGGAACAGGAGGCUGUCUUGGAUCUGGAGUAGGACUGGUUCAGUGUUCUUCCCAACAGUAUGGUAUGGAGGCAAGUGAUGAUGCCUUUGAUUGUCUUACAGUAGGAUAUGGCGAGGAGGGAGAUGAAUGGUCCCAAGCCCAUGUUGUGAAUAUGGAUGAGGAGUUGACAGUGAAUUGUGAUUGGGAGACGGAGAAAAAUACCUUAGUGUCAGGAGCAAUUGUCCAUGCCCAUGUUGCAAAUGAGGAGGGAGAUCAGGGUUCCCAUGUCCAUGUUGCAAAUGGGGAGAGAGAUGAGGAUUCCCGUGCACAUGUUUCUGAUGUGGAUGAGGGGGCGGCAGCAGAUUGUGAAUGGGAAAUGAAUGAAUCUGAAGGAAAUACCUUAGUGUCAAAAGCGAUUCUCCAUGCUGCAAAUGAAGAUGGAGAUGAGAGGGCCCAUGUCCAUGUUGCAGAUGUAGAUGAGGAGUUGCCAGUUGAUUGUGAACAGGAAGUCAAUGAGACUGGAGGAAAUGCCUCGGUGUCAGAAGCAAUUGCCCAUGCCCAGGUUGCAAAUGAGGACAAGGAGGUGGGGCAUGCCUAUCAUGUACAUGAGGACGUAGAUGAGGAGGUGGUGAUGGAUUGUGAACAGGAAGUGAAUGAGACUGAAGGAAAUGCCUUACUGUCAGAAGCAAUUGCCCAUGCUCAGGUUGGGAAUGAGGAUGAAGAGGUUCCCCAUGGACAUCUUGCGAAUGAGUAUGUGCAGGUGGAUGUGGAUCCUGUAGGGGAGAGACAUGAGAUUGAGAGGAAUGGCUCAUUAUCAGUAGUAGUUUCUUCCAAUAACUUUGCUGAUGUUGAACAGGGACCUGCCAAUGAGUUCACAAACAAUGACUGGGUGAAUGAUGCUGUAGCUAGUAACCAUGUACCAGGAUUUCCAGUUGUUCUAGAGAACGUAGAAGCCGGUCUACAUGUAGGCCAAAUCUUUCAAACGAAGCAACAGUUACAGCACAUUAUGAAAGAGUAUGCUAUUAAGGCACAUCGGGAGUACAUUGUUCUGGAGUCAACUCCAUCAUUGUUGGCCUUGAAGUGUAAGAAUGAGGGAUGUCCAUGGAGACUUCGUGCACCAUUGAAGAAGAGUGUUGGGUGUUUUAUGAUUACGAAAUAUGCAGGGCCCCAUACUUGUGUCAACCCAAGCACUGACCAAGACCAUGCACAGUUAGAUGCAGAAUUUAUUUGCAGUAAAAUAUUGGGGAUGGUCAAAGAGCACGUGUCAAUCACACCAGCAGCAAUCAUGGAGCAUAUGCAGCAGACUUAUGAUUACAGUAUUUCAUAUAUGAAAGCAUGGACUGCUAAACAAAAGGCACUUGAGAAGAUAUUUGGUGAUUGCAAAGAAUCUUAUGUAGUGGCAGAUUUAGAGUUUCCUACUGGGACAUCCUUCUCUGAUGAAGUGGUUCCAGCACUAGAAGCUUCAGUUGAUCCACUUCAGCCAUUUGAUGCCACUGAGGGAAUGUUACAGCUUACACAACUCACUGAAGAUGAGCAUGAUGCAGCUAUUGAACCUCCUUGCCAGGAAAAGAGGAAGGCUGCCAAGAGAAAGAGGUAGCAUCAUUAAAUGUCAAGUAUGACAGUUAUUGUACGAUUGAGUGAGAGAGCUUCAGGUAUGAUUCAGAACUGACAUAUGAUCAAAGCUGAUAUACACCCUUGGGAUAUUGUCCUCACGAUGAUGUACCGUUGACUCUUCUAAAAUAUAAAGCAGUUUUUUUUUUUUUUUGUCACCAUUCUUCAUUAUUUUGAUACAUCAUGUAUUCAAGUCUUCAGCUAACAACUACACAUUAAUUCACUAUCUAGCUUCCAUUUUA